AUGGGAAUAUCAUCAGUUGCUUCGUAUUUGUUCAUUGUUAUAGCAACUGUGGUCCUUGUUGAAUGUAGGUCAGAAAUCUUCGAGGAAUCUGCCCCAGGACUUGUGAAGUCUGAGAAAAAUGAUGUUCCUACUAGAAAAACAGGAAGAAACUCUCCGCCAUGCUACAUUAGGAAAAGCAACUUUUCGGACCCGACUCAGUUUGUUAAAACCAAGCCUCGUGCAUUUGAAGAUCCAGCGUAUAUUGCAGCUCUCCCAGCCGCGUUUGAUUGGAGAAAUGUUGGCGGGAAAAACUAUGCAAGUACCACACGUAAUCAGCACAUUCCCCAGUAUUGUGGAUCAUGCUGGGCUAUGGGCUCAACCAGUGCCUUCGCAGACCGCAUCAACAUCAAGCGAGGGGGAGCAUGGCCCAGUGCCUACUUGUCAGUCCAGCAGGUAAUCGACUGCGCCAAUGCCUUCAGCAGCUGUGAAGGUGGAGAUGACAGAGCAGUGUGGCAGUAUGCUCAUAACACGGGCAUCCCCGAUGAGACGUGUAACAACUACCAGGCUAAAGAUGGAGAGUGCACCGCUGAAAACACCUGCAAAACAUGCAGUUAUGGUGGCAACUGCACCAAAGUUACAAAUUUCAAACGUUGGAAGGUUGGCGACUAUGGGCCAGUUUCUGGGCGGGAAAAAAUGAUGGCUGAAAUCCACGCAAAUGGACCAAUCAGCUGCAGCAUGUUUGUCACAGAGAAAUUUGACGAAUAUACAGGAGGUAUUUACAAGGAGCACAACACAUUUAAAAUGACAAACCAUGUUGUCUCCGUGGCCGGGUGGGGCGUGCAGGAUGAAAUCGAGUACUGGGUCGUGAGAAACUCCUGGGGCACCUACUGGGGUGAAGAAGGCUGGUUUCGUAUUGUUACCAGCAAAUACAAAGACGGCAGCUAUAACCUUCACAUAGAGUCAGGCUGUGCCUACGGAGACGUUGAUUUUGAAUAA